UGUGUGACACAGCUCCAACUUUGUAGUGUCCAGCAAGGCAACGCUAUGGACAGUGUGCACGAUAAGAAAACUGCAACUUUAAUUUAACAAUAUUUAAUACAUUUACAUGCGUAACAAUCUCCAACACAAGCGAGAAGAUGCGCGCUAUGGAACCUUCAUUUUAACUAAGGAGACAGUGAAUUACUUUUUAAGCUGUUGAUCCCGAGAAGGAAACGCAAAGGAGUACAUUUUUCUAACGCAAAUGAGUACCUUUUUCUACAGCUAUUUACAAAGACCUGAGACCAAGAAGUCAUGAGAAUACGGAGACCAUGCGCACGGUUUUGUGAACUUGUACAAGCAGUUUAGGCUCGAGACAGAAAAGCGAAAACCGUUUUAUAUGUAAGAGAUCAUUUUUCUGGUAUAUAUGAAACUCGAGUUUUUGAAAAGGAACAUUUUUUUACAUUUAGGAUUUUAUUCAAUGUUUUUAUUUUAACUAUGGUGGAAUCGGCUCAUUGGGCAGGUACGGCGCGUUGUGCGCUGGUGAUCUUGUGUGCGCUUUUCCCGUUGUGUCCAGGCCAGUACCACGGUGAGAAGGGCAUCUCUAUACCCGAACACGGCUUCUGCCAGCCCAUCUCCAUACCCCUCUGUACGGACAUCGCCUAUAACCAGACCAUCAUGCCGAAUCUCCUCGGUCACACGAACCAGGAAGACGCCGGGCUUGAGGUGCACCAGUUCUACCCGCUCGUCAAGGUCCAGUGUUCCAUGGACCUGAAGUUCUUCCUGUGUUCUAUGUACGCGCCGGUCUGUACGGUCCUCGAGCAGGCGAUCCCGCCGUGCAGGUCCUUGUGUGAGCGGGCGAGACAAGGCUGCGAGGCCCUGAUGAAUAAGUUCGGUUUCCAGUGGCCGGAGAGGCUCCGCUGUGAGAACUUCCCCAUCCACGGAGCGGGAGAGAUCUGUGUGGGUCAAAACACCUCGGACACUGGUAGCCCCACCUCGUACCCAACACCCUACCUUCCUGAGCUCAUGACUCUACCCCCCAAUAUGGGUCGACCGAGUCAGCAACAGGAGUUCUCCUGCCCGCUACAACUGCAGGUGCCCAACUAUCUGAACUACUAUUUUAUGGGGGUUAAGGACUGCGGCGCGCCUUGCGAGCCCACCAAGCCCAACGGGUUGAUGUAUUUUCGGGAGGAGGAGGUGAAGUUUGGCCGGCUCUGGGUCGGGAUCUGGUCCAUUCUGUGCUGUGUGAGCACCCUGUUCACAGUGCUGACCUAUCUAGUGGACAUGAGACGGUUCUGCUACCCGGAGAGGCCUAUCAUCUUCCUCUCCGGCUGUUACUUCAUGGUGGCCACUGCCUACGCCGCCGGGUUCAUCUUAGAGGAUAAAGUGGUGUGUAUUGAUAAAUUCAAGGAUACUGGUUAUAAGACUGUAGCUCAGGGAACUAAGAAGGAGGGCUGUACAAUUCUCUUUAUGAUUGUGUAUUUCUUCGGCAUGGCCAGCUCUAUAUGGUGGGUGAUUCUGUCCUUCACAUGGUUCCUCUCUGCCGGUAUGAAGUGGGGGCAUGAAGCCAUUGAGGCCAACUCUCCUUAUUUCCACCUCGCUGCCUGGGCUGUACCCGCUGUUAAAACGAUUACCAUCCUGGCCAUGGGACAGGUGGAUGGAGAUCUACUCACAGGGGUGUGUUAUGUGGGCAUCAACAGUGUGGAUUCCUUGCGUGGUUUUGUUCUGGCACCUCUUUUUGUCUACUUGUUUAUAGGGACGUCGUUCCUUCUCGCAGGAUUUGUCUCUCUGUUCCGGAUCAGAACUAUCAUGAAACACGACGGAACCAAGACGGAGAAGCUGGAGAAGCUUAUGGUUCGGAUCGGAGUGUUCAGUGUCCUCUACACCGUUCCUGCCACGAUCAUCAUAGCCUGCUACUUCUACGAGCAGGCGUUCCGUGAACAGUGGGAGAAAACGUGGCAUACACAGAUCUGUAAAAGGUUUGCUGUGCCUUGUCCACCAAACAAUUUUGCGCUCAUGACCCCAGACUUUACUGUCUUCAUGAUCAAGUAUUUGAUGACUUUGAUUGUCGGCAUCACCUCCGGGUUUUGGAUAUGGUCAGGCAAAACACUGCAGUCAUGGCGCAGGUUCUAUAAGAGACUGCGUACCAGCAACGAGGGAGAAACGACAGUAUGAACAUCAAUGACAGACCGAGUACCAGCAACCAGGGAGAAACGACAGUAUGAACAUCAAUGACAGACCGAGUACCAGCAACCAGGGAGAAACGACAGUAUGAACAUCAAUGACAGACCGAGUACCAGCAACCAGGGAGAAACGACAGUAUGAACAUCAAUGACAGACCGAGUACCAGCAACCAGG